GCCUGGAUACUAUGGAUACAACGCAACAAAUGCGGACAUACAGACUCAGCUUUGUUUCAACUGCAGAGAGUAAAAGCUAUCGGAGUAAAAGAUUCUUGAGAAUAGUUUUACUCUGCAGUAGUGUUUAUCCGUUUUGCUGUCAUACAUAAGAAACACAUGGCCUCGGUUGUUCAGCACGGUCGACGAAGAGGCUCCAGUCGAAGAGUGGUUUCAGCUGAUGAUGCCAACAGAAUGACCCAGCCACCAGACCUCCAGCAAAUCACCGUCUUAUCUAAGGCUGAAUGGCGGAGGAUUCAGGAUGAACUGAACCAAGUUAAUAAAGACAAUGAGAGUAUGAAAGAGGAGGAAAGACAGAGAGAAAAACUCCAUAUGCAGUCAAAGGAGAUGGUGAAAACCUGGUCCAGUACCAUCGCUGGUCAAAGGCAAAAAAAGCUACAGGCAAAGAAGAUCCGGGAGCAGAUUGAGGAGGAGAAAAGGAUGCAGAUUGAUAAAGAAGAGGCUGAAUAUCGGAAGCAGAAGAAGAAAGAAGCCAUUGAAAAAGCCAAGACUCAGCUCUAUUAUCAAACUGACCGUGUUAAAGGAUUACAUAGUGCCCUAUUGCUGACAGAGGUGCUGAAGGAGAGGGAUGCCCAGGUUGAGUUGAAGCAAAGAAUCCAGAAUGCCUCCAAAGAUGUGGACAGAAAAUUCACAGAUAUAGUGAAGAUCAGAGAGGAUGAGGCCUUGAGGAAGGAGGAGGAGAAAGCACUUGAGAAGAAGCUUGAAAGACAGGCAGUUGUACAUGACCUGAAAACUCAGAUCAAGGACAAGAAGCAGCUGAAAGAGCAACACAAGAUAGAGAACAAAAAAGACGGAGAGGAUACCCAACGUCUUCAAGAACUCUAUCAGUUGGACCAGAGAAUGGAGGAAGAAAGAUUAGAAAGGCAGAAGAGAGACCUGAUGCACACUCAUCUGGAACACAUCACCAACAGAAAUCUGAUUAGAGCGGCUGAAGCACAGAAACAAGAAGCUGAGGAGCAGCAAAGGAAACUUUUUCUGACUGCCAAACAGAAAAUGUUGAAGCUGCGGACAGACAGAGAAAAACAAUUGUUCAAUGAGGCUCAGGCGUGUAAGGAGUCGAUCAUGGACAAACUGACAAUCCAACAGCAGGAGUUAACUGACAGUGAGGACACGAGGAUCGCUAAAGCUGUGGCUGAGCAGGAAGCAAAACAAGCACGUCAGCAGCAGGAGGAAUGGGAGAAAAAGGCCAAGAUGCUGGAAUCCAUCGCUGUGCACAGAGAGCUCAUGAUUAAAGAAAAGGAGCAGAGGGAAAGAAUGGCUGAAAAGAUCACCAAAGAAAGAUUUCAGGCCAUUAAAGAAUCUGACACCAUUUUUUCUGAGAAACAAAAGCUGAAGGCUCAGAAGAUUAAAGACGAUGGGAGAAAGUUAAAGGACUUUAACGCAGCACAAAUGGCUGAAAAACUAUCCAGAGGUCAGCGGCUGAGAAGAGAUGAAUAUGAGUUUGAAGCAAAGAACGCUGAGCUCGUGGCUGAAGAGGAAAUCCAGUUUCAGCAGUAUUCACAGCAAGUCAUUAAUGCAGCAUCAGAGGCUCAGCGAAAUGUGGUCCCGCUUUUCAAAGCUGCAAGGGAAGGGUACGGUGGAGGACUGGGCCCUGUCUAUGGUGGAGUCAGACCUAGCUACCUUGUUCAGGACGGGACUGGUGCUCAGAUGCCCAAAUAUGUGUCUGGUGUCACUCAGGACAUGAAAAAGCUUCAUGAGGCUGCAGAUAUUGAAGAAGCAAAAAAGAGACUGGGAUUUACAUGGUGAGCUGGUCCAAGCUGGAAAUUUGGUUUUAAGAUUGUUUCAAUAAAAUUCUUUGAACCAACUGAA